AUGGUUCAGUUUAAAGACAAAAAGCUCCCUCAAGCUAUACUGAAAUUACGAACAAAAUGUCAGACUUCUACCGUAAAUUUGAAUGUUAAUGUUGCUCUCAUAUUUUUGGGUUGCUCGAUCGAUUUGAUAAAUGUUUCGAGUAUGAUUUCUUUAAUCGAUGAGCUUUCAACGAAAUACAGCAUUUCAUAUACCACGGCUUCUUGGUCGCUUACGUCGUAUGCGGUCACGUUCGCCGGGUUCAUUGCUUUUAUGGGACGUCUUGGCGAUAUUGUAGGGAAUUCUAGGCUUUUCACUGUAAGCUGCGGUUGCUUCGCUAUUUUAUCACUUUUGUGUGGACUUAUGCCCAAUUUUGAAGCUUUUGCAGUGAUGAGAGCACUUCAGGGAAUAGCCGCAGCGGGACUGGUAAUGUGCGGUUAUGCUUUGAUUCCCAUCCUGUCACCCAAGGAACAAGUGCAGGAGUAUUUUUCAAUAGUGUCGUGUGGCUUUAGUUCGACGAUAGGUAUUGGGUUCAUCAUUGGUGGUGCUUUNNUGGGUUACAAAGGUAUUUUUUAUCUCACGUUCGCAGCUAUGACUCUAAUUUGUAUUAUGGCGUUUUUCUUUACUUGUGAUGUCGAAAAGAAUGAGGAAAAAGGAUUAGAGGUAAAGGAAAGUACUGCUACAGUUGCUUCAUUGGAUUUCAUAGGAUCAUUAAUUUUUAUCACCGGGAGUAUCCUGAUUGUCGUUGGGCUGACUGAAGGUGGUGAAUCGUGGAGGGAAGCCAAGGCCUACGUCACUUUCGCUAUAGGAAUUAUUCUUUUCCUUAGUUUCUUUGCUUGGAACUGUUUUUAUCUCAAGAUAGUCAAUGGCAUCAGGUUAAUUGGCAUUGACACUACGAAAUAUUUUGAAAAGGUACAACUACUGGUUCCUCUGAAUAUUCAUUUCAUGACCNCUAUCGUGUUGGCAUUUGCGAUGAAUAACGCUUGUCCAUUUUCGAGCAUUUAUAUCAUUGAUCAGUACUCUCAGUACAAGGAAAAUGAUUCUCCAUUGAUGGCCGGUGUCAAAUUAGUACCUCUGAUCAUAAGCAUGAUUAUUGGUAACUUUUUGUGUGGGAUUGAAAAAACAAGAAUGAGACCGAAAUUUGGUGUAACGUUGGGUUUUUUCCUGGCACUUUCAGGAUCUAUAAUACUCACCCAAUUACGUGCGGUAAAGUAUGAUGUUUUUUGGAAGAUUUUCUUCUCUGCUGAAGUACUUGUCGGUUUUGGAGUAGCUAUCUUUUAUCCUUAUGCACAACAGCUGGCUGUCGGAAGAGCACCCGAUGAAGCAAAAGGUAUUGCGUCAGGUGUUGCACAAACUUUUGGGCAGCUUGGUAUCGAGAUAGCAUUUUCAAUAAUGGCAUCAGUUCUAGGAAACAUCGAAGAGAUCCGAGGCAGGCCCGACGCUUCAGAAUUAUUUCUAGAGGAUUUCAAAGAUGUUCAUGUUUCACUGUUGCCGUUGGGGCCUUCGGUUUUCUGCUGA